AUGUCCGCGAAGGUUCGUGCUUUGCGAGGACGAUUUCUGGCAGUUCAAGGUGAUUUGAUUGCGUUUCGUUUCUUCAACGAGAACACUGGCGAUGUAAUCCGCAUAAUCAACAGAGUGUCACGUAAUCGUCGUCUUAUCAAAGGUUUUUCCAAAGCUCCAGUGGAUCUUCGGUUCGCUACACACCUUCCGCUUCUUGCAGUGGUUGAUGGAGAAUCCAACCUACAUGUUUACUCUGUUGCAGCGGAUUGUCAAGAUGUGGAAACUUACAUGACUAUUAUGAACUGGCCAGGCGGCACAUCCGAUAGUACGCCUCGUGUUGUCUGGUGUCCGUAUGUCGCAGAAAACCCUUCUGAUCCGUCAGACAUUGUGAACAUGGUUGCCCUUUUCAAGAAAAAUACGGUGUACGUAGUGAACCUCAGCAUUCUGAAGGAGCGUGGAUCAAGAGUGACGUAUGAGGAAGCACUGGCUGUGGAAGAAGCCAUUUUAUCAGUGGAAGUUGAAGAGGAAGUUACCGCCGUUUGCAUCUCUCCCGAUUCUACGGCUGUCGCUAUUGCUCGUGCUGACGGAGUCGUAUCGUUUUAUGUGAUGAACUCAAAUGAGAGCGAACUGAAAUUUGCUCACACAUGGAAUCCCCAGAUGAACAGGCCGAUCGUCGAACUUUUCUUCCUUGACGGUGCUCGUCAAAAGAAUCAGGAGCAGUUUUGGCGCCACUGCCUUGUAGUGGCCGAAGGAGGUCGUCGAUUGGCUCUUUUCGAAUGUGAAGACUGGCGUUGUCUUGGUCGCGUCCGCUUUGAAUCUUCUGUAGAGAUCGCCACCUUCAGCGUUCACGUUGACCCACAAGCACGAUAUGCUCAUAUUCUAGACAUCGACGGAUCGAAUGUGUUUUGUGUUGAACUGGAAUAUGCUGAUCAUCCUCGAUUUGCUGGUAUCACGCAAGUUACGUUUUCUCACCCAAUUGUGGCUGUCGUCCCAUAUGAGGUGGAUACGGAAGAAAAGCACGACUCCAGCGUAGACUACUCCCUGGACGACGAAUUUGAUGGCGAUCGUAACCGCAAUGAGGUCCUCGCGCAUUACAUCGCGAUCGGGCAUCGUAGCCUCCUUCAACUUGACGUUCACUUGGAAUUGGCCGAGCAGCACAAGCCCCUUUCGGAUGCAAUGCCGGCACUUAAAACUGGUGGUGAUGCUGAAGGAGAUGAGCGUGGCAACGAAGGGCCUAGUGAUUUGCUUACUGUUGCGCCUGCCGCUGCAGCGAACUCUACUACUCCUAUAGACUACGAAAAACUAAUGGAACAGUUGAGAGAAAUGAGUGAUAAGAUUGAACAGCUUUCCGUGCGUGUUGAAAGAGCUGACAGUGAGCGACGCUCGGCCGCCACCAACGAACACAUUCUGUCACAGCUGCAAUGUUUCACUAGCUCAAUUUUCGAUGAGUUUUACUCCGGAACAUGCGUGCGCGAAUGUGCAGAUGUCCAGUUUCUUUUGGUUUAUGUUGCAUCGCAAAUCCGUGCACCGUGCAGUCAGACUGCAGAGCUGGAUGUUUCAGAAGAAGAGUUCUCGCUACGUGAAGAUCGUCUGCUGGCGAAUGUGUCUGACUUGAUCGAGACGAACCAUCGCGAAACGAUUAAUGUUGUUCGCAAUGCGCUCAAUGAGAAUUCAGUAGCCGUGGAAAACUCUAUACAAGCAAAUCAUAAGGCGAGUUACAGUUUUGACUAUCCUCUCAGGAAUCAGUUUUGCUUUAAACUUAGCGCAGAUGCAGUCUCUCACCGAGUUACCGAAAGAUUACGUGAGUCGUUAACAACAAUGGUGGUACCAGCCAUAGAACGGAUUUGUGCUCAGCUUUUCAAGCAGCUAAAUGACAACUUUCGUCAUGGUCUUGAUCAGUACCUUCAACAAAUGCGAGCACUGCAGACAGCUACUUUGGCAGCAGUUGCCGCAACCGCCACUCCAGCCCCUUCACUUUCUGUCGGUGCUGACCGCCAGGCGCUUGCUCAUAUGAUCAAAACUAAUCAAAUACCCCUUGCAUUUGAAACGGCGUUGAACCAGGGUGAUCAAACUGCUUUGGAAUUUGUCUGUAACAAUGUUGAUCCUGAUGAGAUUUUCCGUUAUCCGGGUACGCUCUCACAACCUGUGCUACUAUCUCUCCUGCAGCAGCUCUCUUUACGCCUCGACUCUGACACUGAUCUGAAAUUUCGGUGA